AAAAGGUAGAGAAAUAAAUUUGGCACAAAAUAACCAAUUAUUGAGCUUAAACUUCACAUAUUACAUUAAUUAAAAUUGUUUUUUGCCAUUGUUGUCAACAUAUUAUCACUGCCCAAAACAAAAAGUUCAAAAUGUUAUCCCUAAACUACCUAAUUAGUAUACUUCAAAUAGUCUCUUGUUUAAGUGAUUUUGAAAAUAUCAAUGUGAAAUUCGAUAACUAUUUACGUCCAGAUGAACCUGAUCUUCAUAUGUUAGAUGACUCUAAUUAUCAAGGUCAUGAACAUUAUGAUGAUUUUGGACAACAUUACAGUGAAUAUGACCACGAUCUAGUUACUGGUUCACAUGAAUAUUCACAAAAAUUUAAAGAACUAGAUCCAGAAGAAGCAAAAUUACAAUUAGGAAAAUUAUUCCAUAAAAUCGAUAUUGACAAUGAUUUAAAAAUUGAUAAAGAGGAGUUGAAAGGUUGGAUUAUUCAGUCGUUUAUUUCCCUUGAUCUUGAAGCGUCCAAACCACGUUUUAAAGAAUAUGAUGCCAAUGGUGAUGGUCAAGUUGCAUGGUCUGAAUAUACAAAUAAAAUUUAUGGUUACACAGCUCAAGAGUUAGAAGAUUUUCGUAAAGAUAGUAAGAAUGAUACAAAAUUAUUUAUCCAGUCUUUAGAUGAGGAAAAAUUAAAGUUCGAUUCAGCUGAUCAGGAUAAAACUGGUUACUUAAAUGAAACAGAAUUUGUUGCAUUUGAACAUCCUCAUAAUUAUCGUCAUAUGGCACCGUAUGAAUUAAAACAUACUUUAAGGGAUUUCGAUAAAGAUAAAGACGGAUUUAUUAAUGAACUGGAAUACUUAGCCGAUGAUAAAAUGAAUAAAGAUGCACUCAUCAUAGAAAGAGAGAAUUUUAAAAACUACGACAUUAAUAGUGAUGGAAAACUAGAUCCAAGUGAAAUGGCAUUAUGGGUUACACCGGGUUUUGACAAAACAGCCACCGAUGAAACUGAACAUUUAUUCAAUGAAACUGACAAAGACAAAGAUGGUUUAUUAACAAAAGAAGAAGUACUUGAUCAACAUGAUUUAUGGGUUGGAAGUCAAGCAACUGAUUAUGGAAGGCAUUUAGAGAACUUACCAAAAGAUGAACUAUAGUCAAAGUGGCUGAGUCACUAAUAAUUUAAACUGAAUAUAUACUGAUCAGUAUACUUAUUUAUGCAAAAUAAGGUUUAAAUUUUUCCUGAAAAACCGAUUCACGAUUACUGUUGUUUUGUAAUGUUUGGUGUUGAUGAAGUUAAUAGAAUAUUCCCACUUAACAUUAUAAUAAACCAUGUUAAUCAUUACCUUUGUGAUACUUUAUACUGCCUCAACACUAAGUUUAUUUAAAUGUUAAGUGUAAUAUUCAUGUGUUGAAGUAGUAAAUAAUACUAGUUCAAAUAGAACUAGAGAGUGUUGGUUCUUCUUUGUUAGGAACUCAUCACAGUUGUUCAAAUCUGAACAAAACACUAAAUAAAUUAGAAAAUAUUUCUUUCAUUUA